AUGGUUCAAACCCAGGUUAUUACCUCGACCUCUGUCGGUAUCCGCUCAUGGCAGAGCGUGUUCCGUCUACCGCCUCCUGAUCGACCAGAGUCUCCUCCGUAUCAUGCCCGACGCCCGCAUAAAAAGUCCCGCACGGGCUGCAUCACCUGUAAGCGGCGGAGAGUAAAAUGCGACGAAACUCGGCCUCUUUGCCGGCGAUGCGAGAAGCUGGGGGUUUCUUGUAUUUAUUCCCAAAAUGAGGACCUUCAGAAGAUGAAGGAACCAGAUGGCACCGCAUUCUCUCUGUCACUCAAGGAUCUGGAAUCAAAGGUCAACCAGGCUUUGGUGAUUGGGUCUGACUGUCUUGAGAUUGGCACAUUGAAAACGGCCAAUGAGAAUCGGCCCAUGACGAUCGUAGCGUUCCAGCACUUCAUGAACCAUUCUACAGACACCGUUGGCCAUCCUUCCAUACGACACGUCAUGAAGAGUGAUAUGAUUCGGGUCGCCUUUGGAUGCCCCCAUUUAAUGUACACCAUCCUAGGCGUCGGCAGCCUCCAUCUCAGCCGGAUCCGUCCCCAGAAUCAAACCUUGCGACUCGCAGAAAUCUACUUUUGGCAGCAGGCAAUCAAGGCAUAUCAGGCCGCGCUAUCAUCCAAGGUCUCCCCGCAAAAUGUGGAUGCCCUGCUGUCAACCUGCAUGUUCAUGGGCGUUACGUCCGUCUGCCCCGAUCAUUUCGAUCCUACCGACUCGUGGGUUCUGACGAACGCACCCGGAGCAAUGAACUGGCUUUGCCUGCAGAGCGGUCUCCGCAUCAUCAUCAAACUCGCGGCCCCGUACAUACAGUCCAGCAUCUGGGCAUCGGCAUUUCAGCAGACUCACCAGGAAGAAGUACAGUUGUACGAGGAGGGUGUUACCCAAGGCCGUGAUGGUCUUGACCCUGACCUGGCUGACUUAUGUGGGGUUGAUGACUCGACCACCGCAUCAACAAAUCCGUACUAUGAGCCUCUUAGAUUGCUGGCUGUCAUAUCCCUCUUGGAAAGGAACAUGAAGAAUGCCCAUCAAUGCGCCUCUUUCAUGGGCAGACUGGAGAAUGAUUUCCUUGCACUCCUGAGGGAGAGGGACCCGCCUGCGCUGUUGAUCCUGGCGCAGUGGAUGGGCCUCAUGUGUACGCUGUCUGAAUGGCAGCCCUGGGUAGAGGGGAGGAUCCGCGGCGAAUGCAAGGCGAUCUGCAUGUAUCUAGAGCACAGCACCGACCCCCGGAUUCAGCGGCUUCUUCGCUUCCCAGCAAGCGCCUGCGGAUACAACCUGGCAUAUGUUUAA